AUGCAUCUUCUCACAUUACUUGCGGCCUCUGGGCUGCUGUCCAUGGUGGACGCCUCCUUACCAGGCAGUCCCAAGCUGGCAGCCGAAGAGCUUGCCAUUGACCAGGCGGCCAAGAUCUUUCUGGAAAAGAAGCAAGAUGCGCUGCCGACGUGCGCCACCGUCAGCAUCAUCACGACCACCACGCUGACCAUUGAGACGACAAUCUACGUGACUCCCUCCUCCCCCACGGGCAACCCGCCGGCCUCCCCUACCUCGACGCCUCUCACCAAGGCCGCGUCCUCGUCGUCCUCGACGGGGCCGGACGGGAGCAGCACGCACCAGAACACCAUCUCAAACCCAUAUGUCUUGCCGUCGCAGACCCCUGGCCAGUCUAGCAAUACCGUUGGGUUCACUCCUUCGAAGUCCAGCGCGAGCAGCACUACUACGCACAUCUUGCCUAGCCAGUUUACGUCCGCCAGUGUGCCUGCUGGGCCAGGGUCCUCGCCGGCUUCCUCUGCGCCUCCUGGGGGUCAGUUUUUGACUUCGUCUGCUACCUCCAAGGUGUCUUCCCGCUCGACGUCGAAGGUGUCUAGUCGUUCGACCACCUUGUCCACCCGCUCUACCAGCCGGGUGAGCAUUCCGGGCACUGCGUCUACCGCUUCGAGCGUGUCUACCCGUUCUACCAGCAGGGUUAGCAUUCCGGGGGCUUCGUCUUCUGCGCCUCCUGGGGGUCAGUUCUUGACGUCGUCGGCUAGCCAUCCCGGGCGCUUCGUCCAGCACUGCUGCUUCGUCGCCGUCUUCGCCUCCUGGAGCCGGGUUAGCAUCCCGGGUGCUUCGUCUACCACUACCCUCUCCACCAGCCGGGUUAGCAUUCCGGGUGCUUCGUCCAGCACUGCUGUUUCGUCUACCAGCCGUGUUAGCAUCCCGGGUGCUUCGUCCAGCACUACCCUUUCUACCAGCCGGGUCAGCAUUCCGGGAGCUUCGUCCAGCACUGCUGCCUCUUCGUCGUCUUCACCUCCUGGUGGUCAGUUCCUGACGUCGUCGGCAAGCGUGAGCAGCGGUGCCUCAUCUGCCACUUCAAGCGUGUCUACCCUCUCUACCAGCCGGGUUAGCAUCCCGGGUGCUUCGUCUACCACUACCCUCUCUACCAGCAGGGUUAGCAUUCCGGGCGCUUCAUCCAGCACUUCCAGUCCCCCAGGCGGCGCGUUCCUCACGUCAUCUGUCUCUGUCGGCACUUCAACGCCUGCCAUCCCCACCAUCAGCGUGUUCCCCGACCCAGGCGACUGCGAUGAGCCUAGCAUCAGCAUCCCGAGCCUCUUGCCCACCCUGCCCACUGGUGUUGCGUCGUCCUCGAGCCCUCCAGGCGGUCAGUUCUUCACGUCUUCGAGCACUGUGAGCAGCGGCACCUCGUCGUCCACUGGCGCUUCAUCGGCCACUGCCUCGUCCACGUCGAGCGUUCCGGGCGGCCAGUUCCUGACGUCUUCUAGCACUGUGAGCAGUGGCACCUCGUCCUCCACCGCUUCUUCCACUGGACCUUCUGGCAUCUCUUCCACGGCCUCGUCCACUACGGCCUCGUCCACCAGCUCUGUCAGCACCUCUAGCACUGCGCCCAGCACUUCCAGCCCCCCAGGCGGCGCUUUCCUCACAUCGUCUGAGACAUCCUUCAUCCGGAGCUCCACUUCGGGUGCUCAGCCCACCAGCACCCCCUUGGAGACCGUGUCCAAGCCCCCUGGUCUCGGCCUUGUGUCCAGCACGCCUGCCCUCCCCACGGGGAUCCCUACUGGUGUCGUCCCCACCGACGUCGACGAGCCGUGUGAUCCCACUGACAUUGGUGUCGCGAGCACUCCCACCGGUACUCCCACCGGCAUCGCCAGCACUCCCACCGGCGUCCCUCGCAGCACCAGCAGCCCCCCUUCGGACAUCCCCACCGAUGUUGUGCCCUUCCAGCCCGAUCCUACCGGUCCCAGCUCUUCGUUCUCGUUCUCGGUGCCUGGCGGAGCUUUCAACGACCAUUCGUCCACGAAGUCCAGCAGCACAUCUAGCACUGCGUCCACCACGUCCGGCAGCACCUCUGCUACUGCAUCCACCACGUCUGGUACCGCUUCCACCACAUCUGGCACUGCGUCUACUACGUCCGGCACUGCGUCCACCAGCUCCGCCAGCAUCUCUGGUACUGCAUCCACCACUUCUGGUACUGCGUCUACCACUUCUGGUACAGCGUCCACCACCUCCGGUCCCCCAGGCGGCGCGUUCCUCACAUCGUCCGUCUCCGUCAGCUCCCCAACGCUCGCCGCCCCCUCCAGCACCGCGGUCUCCAUCCCCUACGCUCCUCCCGUCUUGGCUGCCUCAUCCACCAUCAGCACGCAGUCCGCCUCCUCCACCCCUGUCGCACAGAGCUCGCCCGCCAUCUUCGCGCAGUCCUCGUCGUCCGUGCCUUUUGGACAGGGCGUGCCCACUACCUUUGCGACGCUGCCUCGCCCGUCUUCGGUGUCGGCACCGGCGCCGACUGCCACUAACAUCAUCGUCCCCGAUGAGGACUGCGAUGAGUAA